AUGCAUUCGAGAUAUCCAUUGCCUCCAGUUAUCAUCGCCGACAUUUUCUUGAAACCCCAACCUUCGAAUCCCGAAAGCCUCGACCCUCGCGUCCCACGAUAUUUUCAAGGUCUAGUCAAAUAUAAGCUCAUAGAUACUCCAUCUAUACUCAAGGCUUUAUACAAGUAUUCGACAUCACAUGCGCAGGCUUCGAAGGCCGGCAAUGGUUCAUUAGAAAAUUCAGAGAAUAAGACACCUCUAAGAUGGGGUAACUCUUAUAGUGCCGAAGAGGUUAUCUUCUAUCGCCUCACGAAAGCCGUCGCUAUGGGGUCUGGUAUCGGAAGUUCCGGGGAUGCCUUACAAAUAUGCAAAUUGAUAGCCCAGUGGAUGACAUUAUUCACUUCGGCUUCGACAGCAUUUGCGCACGAUGUCAUGAGCCAAUUGCAUAGCCCACAAUCCAGGGAUGAAAUGGAAGCAGCUAGAGCUGCGUUUGUUAUGCUUCUAUUAGCUAUUUGUGAGAGCCAAACAUUUCUAAACGCUCUCAGCCGCCCGUUUGCGAAAUAUGCGCGAAGGGCCCUAUCGGAAAGCCUAGCAAGCUUUAUUCCAUCUAUCCUCCAGAGUGCAUCGCAGAUUGCCAGUCGGCUCGAGCUAUUCCGCACCGAGACUCUUGCUUCUUUCGAGCCGGCUGAUAAGAACAAGGACACCACCAAUUCUGGGUUCGACGAUAUUGAGUCGACCAUGGCUCUAGACAAUUUCGUCGUACCUGAUCUGCCAAAUGUUAACUCGCGAGCUGGCUUAUACAUUUACUUGAAUGCCUCACUUGUUGGGAGACCCUUGAUAGAUGACGCUGCUCUCUUCAACUAUUUGCAUAAUAGGUAUCAGGGAGAUAUACAGUCCACAACAAUUGAUCUAAUACUAGCUUCCUUCGAUGUUCUCGCAAACGCAGUAUUUCGUAAUGAAGGCCACCAGGCGAGCUAUCUCCUUCGAUCUUACUUGAUCAACAAAUUACCUUUGCUUUUAGCAACGUUAGCGACGUCCAUGUACCCUCCGCUGUCAGCUCAAUUCUGUAUCACCGAGGCACUCAGUCAUGUUGACACUAAUGCUUUCCCAACCCUCUCUGCCAUGUUUGAUGAUACACACAACAGCAAUACCUUUACCGACAGCGUCCGUCAGGAUUUCUGUUUUGCUUGCUGUCUACAUGGGUUAAUCCCAGAGUCAAGCAUUGAAGGUUUACUCGGGGAGAUUACUUAUCAAACCCUACCACAGGCAGGCCGGUAUGUUAAGGAGCAAUUAGUCGAGGAAUGCAUGGGCGAUCCCGAAAGGAUUCAACGACUGAUUGGCGAACUGGACAAUAUGGACGGGAACGUCGGAGCAGUUUGUCAAGCUCUAGCAGAGGUGAUCGGUCGUCUUUGCAAUAACAAAGAAACUAUGACCUUGAAGCUUCUCUGUAGCCAACUUGCUAAGAAGCCGCUACUACUAGAUGUAAUGCUUCUAUUCUGCAAGCCAAUUACUAUGUUACACCCUCUCUGCGAACUACUAGAUAAUCACUGGCGUUACGAAGAAGAUCAAGGGGAAUAUCAACCAGUUUAUGAAGAAUUCGGGUCCGUACUUCUUUUGGUAUUGGCAUUCGUUCAUCGCUAUAAUCUUUCGACCAUGGAUCUCGGCAUUAGACCUGAUUCGUUCGUAGCCAAAUUACUUAGCGUGCACCAACUGAACAGGCCGUUAGAGGAGUUAACAGAUCGAGAAAACGGCCAUUUGGAUGGUUGGAUACGCGGCCUUUUUGAUACUGAAUCAGGUGGGCUAGCAGACGAACUGUUAUCUUCGUGUCCUCCACAGGAUUUCUAUCUACUUGUGCCCACACUAUUCCACCAGAUUGUUCUCGCAUAUUGCACAAACCAUCUCGACGAAGAAAGCCUCAAGACCGGUGUCGAAUAUUUAGUGAAUACGUUCCUACUUCCAUCCCUCGUGCCGGCAAUUCUAUACAUGUCUAAUCUGCUUUGGGUGGAGCUUAGCCAUGGUCAGGAACACAAAGCGGUUAUCAGGAUCUUGCAGCUAAUCCUCUUAACUAAACAAGGCUCAACUGAGGCCCAAACGAUGCUAUCUUCUGUUGUGAACAUCAUUGCUAUACCGCUGGAUUACUCACUGCGAUCAUGUCAGCGAUGGGAACCCAAGAACCAGGCGAUAGAGCCUCUCCUUAAAGCGAUGAGAGAAAAUAUCCGCCUCUCGCGACGAACUGCGAGCGCUGCAAAUAAUGAGCUCGAGGCAUGGUGUAGUACAGCGAAUGGGGGGCUUGCCGCGCUUGUUCGGCAUUUAGUGCAAAGCUUUGUAUCGUGGAGCGUUCAUCCAGGCCUAAAUGUGGUGCCAACUUCAUAUAUGCAUCGCCAGAUUCUAACUGCUUUACGAAUGCUUGGCGCAAAGCGAUUUCUAUACAUCGUCCUAGAAGAAGUCAAGGUGCAGACUGAGGCUGGUAACGGAAGUAUUGCCCAUGAUAUCGCUACCGCCCUCAUAUGCGCUCCCGAUGUGACCAAUCUGCCGCCACCAACGGAAGCGGUGCUUCAUUUAGACUCGGCAAACCGACCCUACGUACCUCCACAAUUACGAACUUCCCUUCAAGCGGCCUUGAAGGCGGAGGCGGAAGAUUGCAAAACCAUUCAGAAGUCGGAUCCGAGCAUGGCUGAGAUCAUCGUUCGCCUGUACCGCAAAGUCGAGGCGCAGAUGCUCAUGCCUCCACCUACCGAGUCGAUACUGCAAGGCGACCUGGCUAAUUUGGGACUGGGAGAGAACGCGCACGCGCUCGGGGAUGCGUUAGCUGCAGCCGCCCAAAAUGAGAGCUUGGGGGCAAACGACGGGAGCAUGAAUUUAGAUCUUGGAAGCGGUGGCCAUGAUAUGGGCCAUCUCGGUGGUCCAGGUGACUCUAGUCACCAUGGCGGAAUCGACUUUGGAUCGAGCGACGAUAUGUUUAGCGGUCUCGGAGGCGGUAGUGGUGGUGCUGAUCUUCUUGACAGCUGGGAUUUAACUUGA